CUUUUAUUAGCCUGUGAGCUUUGUGAGCUUGAACAUGGCAAUGAGGCGUUCUCGGCGAACCGAGGCGGUAUGCCUCCUCUGGCUGAGCCCGACGCUCGCACUCACGCCCGCCGCGCCUGCGCGGCGCCCGCACGCCGCGCGCUUGGCCGCGGCGCUCGCCGGGCCGCCUCAGGCGAUGGAGACGGGCCCGCGGCCGGCCGUAACCAUUGAGGAUGCCGGCGGCAUCGACCCAACUCCGUUGAUCGACCAGCUCCGCGCCGGGGACUUCGAGGCGGCGGACCAGACUACGCGCGACCUCCUUAUCGAGAUUGCUGGCGCAGAUGCUACCAAGCGUGGCUACGUGUACUGGACCGAGGCGCGGACGCUCGACGCCGCCGCGCUCGGCGCUGUCGAAAACUUGUGGCUGCACUACAGCGACGGCAAGUUCGGGUACACUGUGCAGAAAGACGUCUGGCGCCGCCAGAAGGGCGUCUUCGACCGUUUCUGCGACAAGAUCGGUUGGACUACCAAGGACGAGGUCACUGGUCAAGCGCGCAAGCGCCGCUGGUUCGGUCAGUCCGAGUUUUUUUACACAUUACAGGAAGCGCCGAAGGGCCACCUCCCACUAACGUCAGCGCUCAGGGGAACACAGCUGCUCAAGGCACUCCUACAGCAUCCGCUCUGGGAGACAGACGACUGGAAGCGCGAUCUCUAGCGUAUGGAAGCUUCUUGCGUACUUGGUGCGCCACCUGCGUCGUGGCUACGCGACUAGUACAUACUCUACUACGGCUAGUACUACCUAGUACCCAAAAAGCAAGUUAUUGACAUAUUAAAGGGGGAGUAUCCUCAAGGACGAAAUAAAUCAUAAAACAAAAA